GCCGCCGCCGCGGGCCCGAGCCGAGCGGGAAGCAGCAGCGGGCGGGCCGGCGCCGCCCUGACCGCCCGGCGGAGGGCGCCGCGGACGCCAGGUAGGCGCAGGUGGGCGCGCGGGGCCCCCUUUGUGCCGGCGCGGGAGGCAUGGUGCAGCCGCGCGCCGCCAAGCUGGACGCCCCCGCCGCGUCGGCGCCCGCGGGCGCGCCGCUGGACGACGUGGUGGACACGCUGACCUCGCUGCGCCUGACCAACUCGGCGCUGCGGCGCGAGGCGUCCACGCUGCGGGCCGAGAAGGCCAACCUGACGCACAUGCUGGAGAGCGUCAUGGCCGAGCUGACGCUGCUGCGCACGCGGGCGCGCAUCCCGGGCGCGCUGCAGAUCACGCCGCCCGUGUCGGCCAUGGCCUCGGCCGGCGCGCGCCCGCUGACCACGCCGCCCACGUCGCUGCCCGAGCCCUUCUCGGGCGAGCCGGGCCAGCUGGCCGGCUUUCUCAUGCAGAUGGACCGCUUCAUGAUCUUCCAGGCGUCGCGCUUCCCCGGCGAGGCGGAGCGCGUGGCCUUCCUGGUGUCGCGGCUGACCGGCGAGGCCGAGCGCUGGGCCAUCCCGCACAUGCAGCCCGACAGCCCGCUGCGCAACAACUACCAGGGCUUCCUGGCCGAGCUGCGCCGGACCUACAAGUCCCCGCUGCGGCACGCGCGCCGCGCGCAGAUCCGCAAGACGGCCGCGUCCACGCGCGCCGUACGCGAGCGCCAGCUGCUGUGCCGCCAGCUGGCCGCGGGCGCGCCCCCCGCGCCCUGCCCCGUGCACCCGGCCGCCGGCGGGGCCAGCCCCGCGCCCGCCCUGCCCACGCGCGCGCGCCACCUCUGAGGCCCGCCGGCCCCGCGUCCUCCCCGCGCGCCUCCCCAGCGCCUCGCAUGUGGCCCCCUCCUGCUUGCUCGCGGAAACCCCCUUCCUCGCAGAAGAGAUGUCCACAGCGCCGCCCCCCGCGGCCCCCGGGCCCGGCGCCAGCCCACCCGCGACAGAGGACCCCCGGUGACUCGCCGUGGACACUGGAGUGCGGAGUCCCGCUCAGGCCGUGACUCGCCGUGGACACGGGUGCGGAGCCCGGCGCAGGCUGGUGACUCGCCGUGGACACCGGGGUGCGGCGCCCACCUGUGGCGGGGUCAGUGUGGCAGGCUGUGCCUCCUUCCGCGCCUGGCGUGGCUGCACCAGCUCCAGUGCCAGGACCUGCGGGGUGGAACUUCUCUGCUUCUGGGGAACCGCGGGCAGCUCGUGGGCACACCCCGGCCGGGGGCAAGGCCUGGUGGACACCUGUGCCCUCACACCGUUCCCUUGGAAGUCACGGCGGGACACGACACGACGCCCAGCCCAGCACCCGCUCCCGGAAGCGACCCGCGAGGCCCAGCCUGGGCCGGGAAGGGCCCUGGUGAUCCAGCGACGGUGCAGGUCCUGCUGGGCAGCUCAGAGGCCUCCGGCUGGACCGUUGUCCCUUUCCCGAGGGCCUUCAUCACCCAGGCCGGGGCUCCGCCUUCCCAGCUCACCUGGAGCCAAACUGCUGCGUCCAUAUGGCCGCUGAGCCUUGGUCCGGGCUGGGGUGCGGGGUGCGGGGAUCUGCCCUGCUCCGCCGCCUGGUCGAGGCCACAGCUCUCCGCCAGGGUCCCGGGGGCUGCGGCCGAGGACCCUUCCUCUUGCCCUGGGGUUUGGAUGUGGCCGGGGAGGUGACGGCCGGGGUCUCCCUGCUGCCCUGCCCAGCAGCCCCAGACGCCAGCCCAGGCCGUGCAGGUGGGACCUUGGCGUGAGAAGGGGGAAACGCCUGUGGGUCCUGUGUCUGGGGGCACCCCGAGGGCCGUGGCCCUGAGUUCCACGGCGUGUCUGUGGCCCAGUCAGCGGCUCUGCCACUCAGGGCUGCAGGCCCCCUGCCCUGGGGGCUGUGGUGGGGUUCCCGGGCCCUGCGGGGGGAGCUGCUCCGUGCUUUCCUGGGGGUCCAAGUCCUUGGAGCAGACAACAGCGGCUUUGUGAAGGGGACGGGCUGGGAGCGGGCCAGGACCUGACGGUUCCCAGCGGUGGGUCUGGCAGGCAGGGGUGAGGCUGCAGGAUGGGGGGCGCCUUGGGGCUCAUGGACGCCGCGAUCCAGACGCAUUUCUGGGGCGUCUGGGGAAGAACUGAGAGUUGCAGGGGCCUGGGGUCCCAGGGAGGCAUCCGCUGAGCCGGCGGUGGAGAUGCAGCCCCUCUGUUGGGGUGCAGGCCUGCAGGGCGGCCGUGGGGAGGGCAGAGGUCAGGGGCCUCCAGGUGGGGUGGCCCCUGGAGCUGAGCCUCCCUGUGCGGGACGGCGAGGGGGAGAGCCAGCAGCACUACGGGGUCAGCAGAGGGUGGACGGAGCCGUCAGUGCUCAUGGUCAGCACAUGCCGCUGGGCAGCCCCUUUGGUGGACACGCCUGGCCCUCCCCGGCUUGGUGCUGUGGGCAGCCGGCCCUGACGAGGACCCCCCCCCCCUUGGGGGCGAGCACCCACCUGAGGAGGCUCUGCCCGCGCCGAGCCCUUCCUGCAGACCCCCCAUCCGAGGGACCGGCAGACCCCACCCCAGCCUCGGAGCUUCCCACGACGCACGGCGGAACCUUCCAGAGCUGGCCUCCAGCCAGGCGUCCCCGCCCCUCCCGCCCCCGCCCCAGGGCCGUGGCGUGGCGGCGUGUCUCCGGGUCCCCAGCAGACCCGAGCGUCCUCCCCCUUGAAGCUGUCGUGUUUCCUCCGUGGGUGUCUGUGUCCUUCGUGCUGGCGUGCGGGGGCCGCGCUUUGUCCGAGCUGUCGCCUAUUAAAGAUAGUCACGUGCC